AUGAAUGAGAGCCCGCCGCGCAAGCGGUUGAAGAGAGCUACCAAGAGCUGCUUUCAAUGCCGCAAACGAAAAGUCAAGUGCUCCCUCACGAUCAGAGAUGAAGGUGACUGUGCUGAGUGCGUCAAGAGUGGCACCCAGUGCUCCCUCGAGGCCCCAUCAAACCAUGGAAUACCAGCUGCUCCUUCAGCCGGCGUUGAUGACCAUGGGUCAAGGCUGGAUCGGAUUGAGUCGUUAUUAACGAGGCUUGUGCAGUCACAAGAGAGACAGCAAGCUGACACUAUUCCUGCCGAAGGCCAGCCUGCUAUGCCUGGCGGAAUCUUCGAUGAGGCUUUAUUCGAUGGCUUGGAAGACUUUGGGCAGGAGUACCAGCAGACGAUGGCGCCGACAGUAUAUGAUAAUCGUGUGACGGAUUUUGGAGCCCCGUCCUUUACCCAUGCGACCGGCGACGCGCCAAACCUUGAGAUGGGCCGCAUGAGAUGCAUGCCCGUGCCAAAUGUCAACGCUGUUUUGGCCACUACGGCAGACAGCCAAGUUUCGGAGCACUCCCUGGUGACGCUGCUCCCGUCCCCACAAGAUGCAGUCACAAUCACAAUCAACACCCUCGCUUGGCUCUGGGGUGCUGAAACGCCGUCCGGCAGUGUCUUUAGGCCGGAUGACACCAUUCAGCUCUUAGACCUGGCAACAAUUUCAAAGGGCAGCCCGAUUCAAGUUGCCAAGAUGCUACUUCUGUUUGCCCUAUACAUGCAGCAGCUUCCGGAUGACUUUGAUGAAUCUUUGCUCGGGUUCGAGGACAUGAGUCGGACGAUCGACUUGAUCGUAGAGAGAUCCAAGGCUUACAUCAUGACGCAUGAGGACGAGGCCUGCUCUACGAAUGGCAUAGAAUCUUUGCUCGUUCUGGGCACCAUCUAUCUGAACAGUGGCGACAUCAGGCAGACUUGGUCUACCUUUCGGAGAACCCUUGACAUGGCUAGGCUUGCCGGCCUUCACCAGAGCUUCUCCGACGCCAGGCGCGACUCGAAGAGCGACGAGGACGCGCUCCUGCGGCGCUUGUGGCUUUCGGCUGCCUGCGGGGACUCGUACUACAGCCUACUCCUAGGCCAGGAGCCGGCUACGGGGCCCGACGCGUUUGGCACUGAUCACGAGAUGUGGACCGAUCCUGUCGCAGAGAAAGAGGCCAACGUCCAGCGACUCAUCUGCACUGUCAUGGCGGGACUGGCAGAAAGGAAUGCACAAGGCCGUCACCAUGAUGGGGAUGUGGCCAGAAAGCUCGAGGAUCGUCUCAUUACAAUAUACAGCAGCUUGCCAAGCACUUGGUGGGAUACGCCCAGCUUCGCCCCAGGGCGAUCUCUCGACUCCGCGCAGGAGCCUACCCGACUGUUGUGCCAGAUGUGGUACUUUACGACGCAAAUGUUCCUUCAUCUACCCCUGGCUUUCAGCUCUUCUGGAGAGACAGCCUGCUACGACCUGAAGGCGUGCAGAAACGCGGGCAGAAACACGCUCAGCCGGCACGUCGGGUCGCAGCACGCAAAAGAGCAGCUCUCCCGUUGCCGAGGCGGCGAGCAAGCGGCUUUUCUGUCGGCGGUGGUCCUCCUCAUGUGCAUCGUUCAGCGUCGAAUCCAGUUCAUGCACGGAGUACGCGAGAAAACAGAAAAGCCAUGGGCCAUGUCGUUUGACCUGGACAGAACCUUGGUCCAGCAGACUAUCGCUUCUUUCGAGGCACGUGGGAAAGGUGGGCGUCGAGAGCCCAUUUCGAAGCAAUGUGCGGAGAUUCUCACGGCGAUGCGAGAUCUUGCCUUUAGAGAGGACUUGAUGGAAGCCGCCGGGGAGGGAGCUAUUGGCAAACAUAGGCUUGAGAGGCUCGAGAUGGAGAAGCUCGUGGACUCUGCUAUCCGACCUUCUCUCCGCCGCUCGAGCCCGGCUGGACGAUUGCUGGAUCUGACUUUUGGUAUUGAUUCGAGAAUCCAGGCAUCACCUGAGUGA